UUUUUGAAGCAUGUAUGGUCACCAUUAGAAAUAAAGUGAUGGGAAAUCUGAAUGUUUACAGUUGUCACUGAAACAGGAGACAAGGUAAAAACUUCCAAUGGAGACACUUGUUCAGGUGACAACUGUUUAAAGGCCAGUUCACACCUGAACCCAGUGCAGGAAAGGAGUGUUUUGUGUACAGGGGCGGACUGACCAUUUGGGAACUCGGGCACUGCCUGAGGGCCCUGGGUCAGUAGGGGGCCCCAUGAGAUGCCCCUGGCACCUUUUAAUAGGCUUUCUUGGGUUGUGGGCAAGGACACAGGGGCCCCAUGAUCCCCUAUUGCCCAGGGGCCCCAU